GACUCGACGCAAUAAUCUCUGCGACCCACCACUCCGGCUCGCCGCUCUGCACGUCCACCCCUCCUCCCUCCCUCCCUUUCCGUGUCGUCUUCGUCGAUCGGCGCAGGAGGCUUUAAGAGAGAGCUAGGGUUUUAGCGGUCCCCGAUUUCGGGCGGGGGUUUUUCGGCGAGGCGCGGCGGCAGCUGAGCUAGGGUUUCCCUUCCCUCCCCGGCGCGGCGAGGCGAUGGACGCGGCGGCGGUCGACGACGUGAUCCGGCGGCUCCUCGAGGCCCGCGGCGGGCGGACGCCGCGCAACGCGCAGGUGACGGACGCGGAGAUCCGGAGGCUCUGCGCCGCCGCCAAGGAUGUGUUCCUCUCCCAGCCCAACCUCCUCGAGCUCGAGGCCCCCAUCAAGAUAUGCGGGGAUAUCCAUGGCCAGUAUUCUGAUCUUCUUCGUUUAUUCGAGUAUGGUGGCUAUCCACCUGAGGCUAACUAUCUGUUUCUGGGUGACUACGUUGAUAGAGGAAAACAGAGUAUAGAAACGAUAUGCCUUCUCCUUGCAUACAAGAUAAAGUACCCGGAGAACUUCUUUCUUCUCAGGGGAAACCAUGAAUGUGCAUCUAUCAACCGAAUAUAUGGAUUUUUUGAUGAAUGCAAGAGGAGAUUCAAUGUUCGUCUGUGGAAAACCUUCACAGAUUGUUUCAACUGCCUCCCAGUGGCUGCACUUAUUGAUGAUAAGAUCUUGUGCAUGCAUGGGGGUUUGUCUCCUGAGUUGAAGAAUAUGGACCAGAUACGUAACAUUGCCCGUCCUGUGGAUGUGCCUGACCAUGGCCUUCUCUGUGAUCUGCUAUGGUCUGACCCUGAUAAAGAAGUUGAAGGGUGGGGUGAGAAUGACAGGGGUGUAUCCUACACCUUCGGAGCUGACAAGGUUGCUGAGUUUCUUCAGAAACAUGAUUUAGAUCUGGUCUGCAGGGCCCAUCAGGUCGUUGAGGAUGGUUAUGAAUUUUUUGCAAAGCGCCAGCUUGUAACCAUAUUCUCCGCACCCAACUACUGUGGCGAGUUCGACAAUGCUGGUGCUAUGAUGAGCAUUGAUGAUUCACUGACAUGUUCAUUCCAGAUUCUAAAGCCUUCUGAAAAGAAAGGAAAAGCAGGAACGGGGAACAUGUCAAAACCUGGAACACCUCCCAGGAAGAUAAAAAUUAAUAUCAUUUAGCCAGAUUUUCUCUAAACUGAACUGAGAAUUUGUGAUGAAGCAUCCCCAAACUUGUUUAUGGUGACUUUAGGUACGCUUAACACAAUGUUGAAAUGUCAAUCCGUGUACCUUUUGUCUUUAAAGGGUUCCGUCUUUAAAUGGUCUGGGGUCUGAUGCAAAUCUAUCCUGCCAUUAUUCCAACUAAAAUGGAGAUCAUACUGAGGAACAGAAACCUUACUUCCGUGUGGUUUUUUCCUGUUACUCUUCUGCACUUGCAAAAUGUUUAUGGAUGGGGAAGCAUUUCGGACACAAUCUUGGGGUGGAGAUUGUAGUCUUCUGUAGAUGUUUUGUUUUGUACGCUAUUUUAUACUGUAAAGUUUGACUCUGGAAAUGACUGGAUAGCUGUAGUGAAUGUCUA